AUGACGUCACGAGCAGAAGGCGGAGCCUUUGCAAAGACGUCAGAAGCCCUGCUGAGCCGCCUCGGUGAAGUCCCAGGAGAGGCAAAGAGGUGUAGUUCCGGCCCGUCGUCGUCACCCUGGAAACCAGAACGCACAACACGGCGCAUCACAGAGAGCACAGAACGCUGCUCUUCUGACCAGCCCCUGGGAGUCUUAAAGGGGCCGCCGCCCCUGCGCGAUGUUUUUGCAAGGAGCAAUUGGGUGGUGCAUCACGUUAUGGAAGGCGCUCCCGGGAACCUGGAGGAGGAUCACGAUGGAGCCGAAGAGCCAGGCAGUAAAGAUGCUGGAGGCUCGCCAAUGGAUAAUUCUGGGAGGGUUCCUGAAAGUAGCAUGGAAAAACCACAGAAUGAUGACAUUGAGGUGGAUGCAGCUGAGACUAUGGAAGGGGCAGAUAUGAGAAGAGGUUCUGAAGAUCAUCCAAGAAGAGUGAAAAGUACAGAACAAAUAUCUUCAGCUAGGUCUGAGGGAAGUCCAGAGCCAGGAUCAGAGAGUACUGCCUCUGUUGAAUUAACAGAGUUAUCUUCAUUCCAAACCACUGAAGCAUCAUCAUUGAGCACAGGAGCCAAAGGCUUCCCAAAAAUAUUGGGAACAGUUAGAAGAGAAAGUAGUGCUGCUGUAUACGAAUUAAGCAGGGAGGCCCUGGAUACCAUGGCUGCUGAUACAAAUCAGCAACCUUUGGGAUUAUCUGUCUCAAUACAGACAGAUGCAAGCUGGCUUUGUGACCAUGUCACAAAGAAGAAAAAGAGAAGAGCUCCAAGGAGCAAGCAGAAGCUUCCUCCUGAGAAUGAUAUCUAUGCUGUCAUGUCCGAUGACCUCAGCUGCUUAGACAUUUUGUGCGAUACGGAGUUUAAAGAAGAUUUCCUAAGGUUGUUUCAGGAAUCACUGCGCACACUUUCCAGCGUUGGGCCACCAACUAUCUUAGCAUACAGACCAGAAUCAUCAAGAGGAGAUAUAAGUAUAGAGUUUGAAAAAUCCUUUCCAGACAUUUGUGAGUUCUGUGGCAGCCCGUUGAGACACUUUCCUUCAUUUGAAAGCCUAGAACAAAUAGCUAAGUAUGGAUAUCUUUUUUGUUGCCAGCAAUGCAGAGAGCUUCAUGAAUUCAUUGUCAAUGAAAAAAACCGUUAUGCAAAGGAAGGACUAAAGCUGAUAGACAUCUCCACUAAUCAGCCCCAUGGGAGCGAGGUUGAGAGGCAACAAGCAAGGGAGAGAGCUCGACAGAGAAUGAAGGAGAGACAAAUGGCAAGGCAGCUUACCUUUGUACCGGACCAUGAAAAGGAGUUCUUUCCAAUACAUGGUGCAGAUUAUAAUAAACAAUUAAGAACAGUUUCCUACUCUCUGUCCCAAGAGAGACCUUCUUUAACAGGCUGGACAAGGCUUCCUCUCCAGCUGACGGGAAGAACAGUACCAGAGGGCCAAGAUACAAACUACAGUAUCUCUUUCUGUGAUUUCACCAUUGCAGGGGGAAAGUUACUGAAAAAACAAUUCUUACAACAAUACUACAAAAAUGGUGUGAAGUUUCUUACCAUGUUCCCAGAUGGUACUGCACAAAUAUUCUAUCCAUCUGGAAAUCUGGCAAUUAUGGUUGUACAAAAGAACACGGAUGCAGGGUACAUUUGUAUCGUUCAAGAAGACAAGCCUGAGAAUGCUGAAAUCCAAGCUGUGUUUGAGUCCUGUGGUAAUAGUACUUGCUAUCAUCCAAAUGGGAACGUAUGGAUAAACAUUACAAUCCGAGGAGGCCAUUAUUCAGACCAAGCAGGCAACAAAGUGAAGGCAUGGAUCUGGCCAAACCACCUGCAGAAAAGCAACCCCAGCGUGUCGUUUAAACCGGUCUUUCUAUCCUUGAACCAGAAUGUCGGUGUUAGGAUACUUGGACAAGACAAAAUAGCCAUUUCUUUUCUUGCAAUGGGGAAACAAGCAAAAAUCAACGUAGGAACAAAAGUAGAGCCCCUUGCUGAUCACCAUCCAUGGCCAAAGUACGUAUCUGAAGACGAUCUUCUGCUUUUUGCUAGCAGAAUAAAGAUUCUCCGUAUCUUUGCUAAACUACAUGGCUAUUUAGACUUUCCCACUAAUGACUGGUGGACAAAACUCCAGCUUCCUUCAUAUGUUCUGAAACGGGCUUUGAAAUUAAUACACCUCUGCAAGGAGUGUGAAGUAAGCUCUGCUCUGGACACUUUAAUCACAGAAAUAAUAAAUUCACCAGACUGACCAUCAUUAUGUUACAA